GGAGGGGCAGGAAAGAUCACUGCACUCUCACAGCGUCAGUUCUCUCUGGCUUCACAAGGCUUUUGAAAGGCAGAGCAGCGUGGUGAAUAUAUAGCCUCCAGUGCUUGUGUAUUGUAUUGUAUUUCUGUCGUGUGCGGGAGAAUAGACACAAGAGCGGCAAAGGCUGAACAUUGGAUACAUUUUUUGUCCUAAGUGUAUCUGAUAUCUACUCAACAAAGAUCGAUGGGAUAGCCUACAAAAUGUGGAGCUUCGGUAAUAGUUGCAAAGUCACCACGUAAUGACACGGAGCAUGGAGUUGAAAUGUUGCAAAUGCGUUUAUCCUCAGUUGCUGAGAAGUAGAUUUUGACGCGCGCAGGGUCUCAUCAAUAGUCUUUGAACCUGAGGAUUACGUGUGAAAAAUAACAGGUACCAAAGACAAGAACGGCAUCGAGUUCCAAGGUCUGAAUGAGACACUACAGACAACGUUUCUGUAACAAGGACAUGAAGUUCUAUCCCAAAAAUCGAACGUGUAUCUUGGAAGUGUUAUGUUUUAAAAUUUUAUUGUGGAAUAACCCAGGACUAGCCUAAAGGUUAUGAGCGUUCCUGGCGCGUUGUUUACGCAUUUCUCAAAUCAAUGUUUGGAGGCAAGACUGAGCAAGUCCUAAAGGGUGAAACUGAAAGGAUUUGGUGGAGAGGAGAAGAGAAAGGCUUGGCCGCAUAGAGGGAGGCGCCUUUCGCGCUGUCCUGAAACCAAAGCCUUUGAAUUGUUUUGUUUUUUGUUCACUUCGGGCAUAGAGGAGAUAACCUGAAAAAUUGGACGCUUGAGAAUGAUGUGCAUUUAAAGGACAUCAUUGUGUGGAUUUUCACCGCCAAGACAUGCUCCACAGCCGAACAGGAGCACGCUGGGGAAAAGGGUCUGACCUCUCCGGCGUGCGCUCAGACUGGACUAGUACGCAUGGGAUAGUCGGUGGACCAAGAUGGAGGACGAGGAGGAGAGACAGACCGGGGGUUACCGCAAUGCCGUCAGCAGGCGCCCCUUACCACCUGAAUAGCUGGAAGGUGGUGCUGUGGGUGGUCUCUUUGCUGCCCCUGGUGGAGGGUGCCCGUAUGGGCACUGGUUUGGGGGCAGACUAUGUCCAGGCUGUUGGACUGGUGGGAGGGAUGUGGGAGAGGCAGCUCCCAGACACUCUACCUGGGGUGGAUGAGCAACAAGAGGAGGAGAUUGACCCGUACUCCCCCUGGCAUGGCCUCUCCGACCCCUCUGUGAUGGACGAAGCAGACGACCACCCCAGUGGCCGGUGGGUGGGACGUUCCCCCCGCAACUCUGACCCCUCAGAUGCCGAACCAAAAGGCUUGGCCAAGAAAAAGAAGAAGAGGAGGAAGAAAGAGAAAGAGAGGGACAGAAAGGACAAAGGAAAGGGAAAGGGCAGGCAGCCCCAGCAGAGCAGCCCAGACUGCAGGGUGGAGAAACGAGAGAUGCGGGUGCGGGACUUGGGCCUGGGCUUCGACUCGGACGAGAUCAUCCUCUUCAAGUUUUGCGUGGGCUCCUGCCAGUCGUCCAGGACCAACUACGACCUGGCUCUAUGGUCCCUGAUGGAAAACGGGUCCCUGCCGCGGAGGACCUCCCGGCGGGUCAGUGCCCACCCCUGCUGCCGGCCUGACCGCUACGAGCCAGUGUCCUUCAUGGACGCCCACACCACGUGGCAGACCAUCCAGUCACUGUCGGCGGCCAGCUGCAUGUGUAUGGGCUGAGGGAGCCAGGUAAGAGGAGGAUGAAUAGGGCAGGGUGGCAACUGGCUGUCAAUCACCCCUUCCUGAUAAUAUACAGAUGGUGGCUCGCCUUUGAGUCUGGGUCUAGGGAGAGCCUCUGGGUUCUGGGAAGGCAAAAAUAGUCGCUCCGAAAACAUAUGCAACAGGGCUGGUCCCCAGUACAAAGCAGGAUAGAGAUUCUGUAGAGUGUCUAUGAUGGUGGAGUGAGGCCAUGCCUCUUCCUGUUGUACAUUUUCUGUUGAGGAUAAAGUGGAUCCGGUUGCAAUGAGAGACUGCCAUGACCGAAUGGCAAGACAGUCUCUGGGAACAGUUUUUAACAAGAUGGUGACCACACAAUGGUAGGAUCUUAAUAUUCACAGCAGUUGGGAUAUGUAUAAGACUGACCUGGAGUACUGAUUAAAAUAUUGACUCAAAGGUCAAAAAGAGGACCAUAUCUCAUUGCAUUUAUUUGACCACAGGUAGACAGACAGGCUCAAAACAGGGAUUUUCCGUAACUGCAUUUUUCAAUGUUCUCUUGAAUUGUACGAAAUGGAUGCCAUGCAUCUCUUUGCAUUACUGCAUUAUAGUCAACAUAUUUAUUACAGAUAAGUUAUUUAUUUAUUGUUAUUUCAUAUGAGGUCAUUUUUAUGGACUGUAGAUUUAUAUUUAUUGUCAUGAUCACAUAUCCCGGGGGGUUUGUGUUGCUGGAUCCUUUGACUUUGAAUUGUGUUUGAUUUUUUGGGUUUUGAAACAUCAAAAAGAUCAGAACAAGUAGGCAAGGAACUCAACAUGCAGUAUGUCUCAUUUCACACAAAAGAAGGAAGUAGUCUUGUGGCUGAAAACCUAACCAGGUUACAAGCUUAAUUUUGUUUUUUCAUUGUUGUUUCAGUAUUUCAGAGCAAUUACAGUCAAUAUUAUUAUUAUUAUUGAAAUGGUUUCCUUUAUUUUUGUACAACAAUGACAUUAUUCUGUGUAGGAAUAAAGUAUUUCUAGAUA